AUGGAAAACAUCUGCUAUCGGUGUUCCUUAUCAGAAGAAACCUUAAACGACCAUGAUUACCUAUUUUUCGAUGAAUAUUUUUUAAAUGAUUAUAAUCAUGAUGUAUCAAAUGUGAAGGAAAAGAAAAAGAGUAAACUCUUUUUAGACAAUAAUAAGAAACGAUUUUUAAAAUACAUAGAAGAUCAAAAUAUAAACACGAUUGGGGAACAUUUACAAGAUGUCUAUACAAAGGCUUAUAAGAAUUUUUACUUAUGCAAAAUGUGUAGCGGAUUGCACAAUAUAGAUUUAAUAUUAUUUUAUAACAAAAACAGCUGUUUCCAUCAUAAUGUGAAAAGGGAAAAUAUCCCCAUAACAGCAAAUGAGGAAACAAUUAUAAACAGCGUUUUUAAAAAUACGAAAAACAUGUUUGACACUCUUUUGAAUAACAUUGAUAUAGUUUUUUUUUACCUCUAUCUACAUAAAACAAAACAAAUAUUAUGUGAUACUCAAAUUGUCACCCUGGAUACUUUUAACUACAAUUAUAAAAAUAUAAAAGAGCACAUUAUUAUGAACAUAAAACUAGGCAGCAAUAAUUUUCUUAAGAAACAAAUCCAUAAAACUUUUGUAUAUAUUUUUGUUUAUUUAUACUUAACAUUUUACAACAAAAUUUGUGAUAGUGUAACUUUAACUGAUGACAAGGCUGAAUUUAUUAUAAAUUUAUACAAGAAAACUGUGUUAAUUUUUAGUGCCAACACUGAUGAGAAAAUAGAAAGAAAAAACAAUCAGUCUAACGAAAUAGCUUAUAAAAGUAAAAAUAAAAAACAUAGAUUUUUACAUAAAAAAAAAAGAAUAAUAAAUCGCAAUGAUGCUUCUUCUGCUGCUGGAAAAGAACCUGAAAUAUUAUACAGUGAUAGGGACUAUUACAACACUCAUGACAGUGAUGAUUUAACGAAAAAUGAGGAAGAAACUCAGCAGACAGAAAAAAAAAUGAAUGGCAAAAUUGCGUCUGAUAAAAUAGAAAAUAACGAAUUAGCUAUUUCUAACCCAGUUACAACGUUCGACAUUUAUGUAUCACUUAACAAUCUAUGUAUAUGUGGCUAUUACAACAAAUAUAACAAAGAAAUGUCACAAACAAAGUGGUUCGUCAAUAAUAACGUGUCUCUAAGUGCACUAUCAGUGGAAGAAUGCAUUUUUCAAAUUUUUAAAAAUGCUUUUUCAUCUUCUACAUGCACAUUUAUGGCAUCAGGAAGAGAAGAUAAAGAUGUACGAAUGAUGAAUAUAGGAAGACCCUUUGUUUUUGUUCUCAAAGAAACGAAAUUUUCUUUUCUAAACUUUUACUUACUUUUUAGUAAAUUAAAAAGGAUGAACUUAGCUGACACUUAUAGUAGUGGUAAAACAUCGGAAAUUAAAACAGUAGAACAAAUAAAUUUUUUGAUUCAACACAGAAAUGAUAAAGAUAAUAAUUUGUUAACAAAUAAUUUAUCUGAAUUUAACCAGGAUAAUGCUCCCCCACAAGUAAUUAAUGAUAGCUAUGCAUUAAUAAACAAAAAGGACGUUAUUUCUUUGUACGAUAUAAACUGUCAUAAAGAGCUGGUAAAACAAGCAAAGGACAAAAUUAUGCAAGAACAAAGGAUUUACGAUUUUCACGUUGCAUGUAACUAUAACAAAGAACUGGAAGUACUGCUGUCUGACGAGUUGGUUCUUGAGGAGUAUCAAAAACAAUUUGUCAAAAAUGACAAAAUUGAAGACAUUAACAAAAUUGGCAAGAAUGAAGACAUUAACAAAAUUGGCAAGAAUGAAGACAUUAACAAAAUUGACAUAGUUAAAGACAUUAACAAAGUUGGCAAGACUGAAGACAUUAACAAAAUUGACAAGACUGAAGACAUUAACAAAGUUGACAAGACUGAAGACAUUAACAAAAUUGACAUAAUUGUCGCAAACCUCCCAAAUAACACCCAAGAAUAUUUCCAGAACAGCAAUAAGGACAACUUAAACGGCUGUUUAAGCACAAACACAACACUCCAUUCAAGCACAUUGAAAAAUCCUACUACUCAAAAUAACAAACCAUGUUAUAAUAUUAACAACCUAGUUGAUGUAAAAUUUAGCAACGUUGCUUUUAGCACAAAUUAUGGCCUAAUAAAAAAAAUUAUGAAGUAUGGAGAAGAUAGAAAAAAGGCCUAUAAAUGUAUAAUAUACCAUUCAUCUCCAAUGACUAAAGAAAAAAUACAAAAAAUCAAUCAGGAUGUUUUAAAUUAUCAUAAAAAUGAUGACAUCUACAUAAUUAGCAUUAUGCAAAAAACCCCAAUAAGAGUACUUCAUAGAAGAAGUUUAAUAAAACGAGAAAGAAAAAUUUUUGAAUUUAAUCUCGUUUUUAUUCAUGAACAUUUUUCUUUGUUGUAUUUAUUAGCACAGUCAGGUAUGUAUAUAAAAGAGUUUGUCAAUGGGGAUAGAGGAAGAACUUUUCCAAACUUGAAAUACUUUUUCGGCGAGGACGCCUUCGUUAAUAUAUUAAAUUUAGAUGUAUCAAGUUUCUUGUACGAUUUGGAUGGUGAAUAG